AUGGCAAACAGUCGCAGGAAACAACCAACAAAGUCAUACCAGGAGGAAAGCUCCCAGUCAGAUGAACAAUCUACUAGCAGUGACAAUGAAGAUUGUGUGGUAGAGGCAAUUUUGAAGGAUAAGGUGAUGAAUGGUGUGCAGAAAUAUUAUGUCAGAUGGGAAGGCUAUGGCCCUAAGGAUGACAGCUGGGUUGCUGUUCAUGACCUAAACUCUCCAGCAUUGCUUGAAGAGUAUGAACAGAAGAAACAAGCAUCAGAGCAAAGCAAAGGAAAAGGAAAAGGAAAAGGAAAAGGAAAAGAAAAAGGAAAAGGAAAAGAAAAAGAGAAAGAGAAAGAGAAAAUGAAGAACCAGAGCACACAUAGCAAGACCAAGGAAUCCUCUACUGAAGAGGAUGAGAAGAUACAGGGCGAGGAGAUCAGCCAUGUCUCAGCAGGGACUUAUGGUCAAUGGGAGGAGAGAGUUGAUAAGGUGGACACCAUCCAACUGGAGAAUGGUUCACACAUGGUAUACUUUACUCUCAAAAAUGGGAAUUCUGCCAAACAAAUCCUUGGCAUUUGCAGGCAAAAGAUGCCUCAGAAGCUUUUGGAUUUCUGUCUAAGCAACAUGAAAUGGGAGAACAUUGAAGGGGCUGCAAUUGGGAGUUCAUCAGGAUCCUAG